AUCCGUACUGAAUCAUCAAGGGGAGUCUCCGACCUGUUGCGGCAUUAUUUUCCAAGACAAGAGUUCACCUUCCGUGCCGCUCCGGCUGUCCGAGAGAAGUCCCCCUCCUUGUUUCUUUUUCCAUUAUUAUUUUGGUUUUGUUCUCUUGUGGGCCCCUUUCCGGGGUUCCGCCGAUGUCGCGGGGCGUGGGGCGCUGGGCGCACCAUAAAAGCCAGCGCCAUCAACCAGAUCUUAUCAGAUCAUCUCUUCGCCCGCCAUUUUGAACGACAUUGCCAGACUUCCACAAUGCGGCUUCAGGGCGUACCGGUAUCCGACAGCCUACAGGUGAAUCGUGCGCUGGACGCCUUGGCCGAUUUUUCCUUUUCCUCUCCUCAUCGUGUGCUGAUUGUCGGCUGCGCCUAUGGCGGCAUUUCGGCACUUGUGAAUUUGCUCGACCUGGCCCAGGGCAAACCGAGGGACACUGUCUAUCCUGUUCCCAGUUUCACUGGACGAAAGUCGCGAAACGGCCUGGAAAUCACCGUCAUUGACGAGAGGGAUGGAUACUUCCACGCCGUGGGAGCGCCGCUCGCCCAUGUGACUCCCAAGCACACUGCUUCCAUGUGGAAACGGUAUGCGCGCAUCAAGGAGCUGCGCCAUCCGAACCUCACAUUCAAGCAUGGAACUGUGAAGAGGAUCGACCCUGCCUCCAAGGUUGCCGAAUGGGUCGAUCGACGCGGUGAGCUGCAGAAGCAGAGCUACGACUACGUGGUUGUAGCAACGGGACUAAGGAGGCAGUGGCCUGCCGUGCCCAAGAGCAAUUCGUACAACGAGUUUCUGAGAGAUGGUCGGGCUCUUGUCGACCAGAUCACGGGUGGAGACCCUGCCCAGAAGGACCGCAAGGUCGUCGUCAUAGGUGCUGGCGCUGUCGGUGUUGAGUUUGCGGGAGAGAUCAAAAAUCACUAUCCCGGCAUCUCCGUCACUCUGGUCCACUCCAGGUCCGAGGUCUUGUCCUCAGAGCCUCUCCCUUCAGAGGUGAAGGAAAAGGUCAAAACCUUGCUGGAGGAAGAGGGCGUACAAGUCAUUCUGGGGAACCGCGCCCAGGUCAAACAGCUGCCGAACGGAAAGUCGGAAGUCACUUUGAGCAAUGGCGACACUCUGGUCGUCGAUGCCGUUCUGGAUGCGACCAAAAAGGGAUCUGCCACCACCGACUUCCUCCCCGCCGAAUGUUUGAAUGACGAUAAGGAGAUCCAAAUCACUUCCAAUCUGCAAUUUAGAGCAGCUGUUCCCAACGCGGAAUCCCACUUCGCAGUGGGAGAUGUAGUCGAGUGGUCAGGUAUCAAGCGUGCCGGUGGAGCCAUGGUCAUGGGACAGCUGGCUGCCUGCAACCUUUAUGCCUCCAUCCUCAAUACUGAAGACCCCACCAACGACUUCGCCCUUGCCGAACUGCCGGAAUACCAGAACGUCAUAGGCAUCGCUGUGGGGAAGCAGUGCCUCACGUACGACAAACAAAACGGCAUGAAAUGGGGCGUGCAAUUGAUGAAGGAUUACUUCCAGGACGAUCUGGGGUGGGCUGCGAAUCUGCGAUAUCUUCGCCUCACCGACGUGGAAGAUGAGACGGCCAAACCCAUCGCGAAGGCCCAGAUCACUCAGAUCAAUCCAGAGGCAGUGCCUACUGCGGCAUGAUCAUAACGGCUUUCGGGGUAAGGGGUGGUCGUAGGUGGUCUGCCGGGAAUUCCGGCGCUACACUGUGUUCAAAGCUACACUGUGUUCAAAGAGAGUCAUCAUUGCAGCACCACAACCAUAUGGGAUCCUUGCUCCCUUAACGCAAGUGAUAGGUAGUGACUGCACAAAAAUAUGAUCAGCGCAAUCAGUGCUUGUUCUCC